UCUAGGAGCCCUAUCCUCAACCACCAAAAAAGCGACGGUGAUCCAAAGACAACCUGUCGUCGACAAUUCCCACGCGCCGUUGCCGCUGAUUCCGCCAUCCCCAACAGCAAGUCUUCAUUAGACGAAUUACUCAAAUCAACGAGACAACAUGGAUGCCGCCGGCAAGGUUCCUGUCAAGUACGCGAGAGUGACCAGUGUCCUCGGUCGCACUGGCUCCCGCGGAGGUGUCACUCAGGUCCGCGUCGAAUUCAUGGAUGACUCCCACCGAAGCAUUAUCCGCAACGUCAAGGGCCCAGUCAGAGUCAACGACAUCCUUUGCCUGCUCGAAUCCGAGAGAGAAGCUCGCCGAUUGAGAUAAAUGCCAAAAAACUUGGGGAGCAGCGGGGUUUUGCGGUGUUGGAUUUUCUUUGCUUCGAUAUGAAUACAUCUCUGGCUGCCGAGCGGGAAUGAGGAUAUCCACGAUCGUCCUGUUUACGCGUUCCAUAUUUUGAUGUCUCGACUUGAAUCGCCGACGAUCGGGUCUUGAAAAUGGAAUAUUCUGAGUAGGGAGGUUUGUGGAUGGAGCAAAGAAUCUCGUGUGGAAGAACUAGGCCGAGAUACCAUGGUGGGAAUUAUCUAGCCUCGAUGGUACUUAUUUCAUGAGAUAAUGGUUACGGCUUGAGAUAUUGUUUUCAGCGUACGAUCUACUGUUCUCUGUCCAAAAACAAUCGAUCGCGGCUCUUCAUUCCCUAUCGUUUAUCGAGCGAUUCUUUCUCUCUAUGGCCCAUUGGGACUCAUGAUAAACUUGCACCUGGCAUCUACUAAUCAUUUUAUCUUUAUUCCAGACCCCCAUUACAUCUGUAUAAAUCCUCCCAAAAACUAGGCUUCGACCCUUUUCAGGAGCUCAAAUUCAAGGGUAUCAAAUGCUAAAAUAACCAGGUCCAUAUAUCCUAUAUCUGACCGUAUUUACGAUAUAACAUCAUCGCCGGAAUCUCCGUUCAUUAUCACAGUUGCUCGACCUCACUCAGCAACCUCUCCAUCAGUUCGCCUUCAUUCUCUCCAUUCUCGAGAACUCUGGAUAGCCCCUUGGCUAUCCCUUCCAAGUUCUUCCGUUUGAUCUUCUCUUCAAGCUCUGCAGACUUGGUAUACGCCACGUCCAGCACUGACGAGGGAAUGUUUGCCAGACGGGCUACAUUUAGCCCGUAUGAGCGAUGUGCCACGCCCUCACCAACUUCAUAUAGGAAUGUAAUGUCUUGUCCAUCCUUGCCACUUUCGGUAAACUUCAUAUGCACGUUUCGUAAUUCACCGUUGGGAAAAGUACGUGCUAAGUUGCUUAGGUGUUGAUAAUGUGUGAUAAACAAUGUAAGGCUCCGAAUAUCCCGAACCAUAUAGUCCAGAACCGCUUGCGCGAUGGCAACCCCAUCGUGAGUAGAUGUGCCGCGGCCCAGUUCGUCGAGGAUGACUAGCGAGCGGGGAGUAGCUUGUUUCAAAAUAUCCGAAGUCUCUGAAAGCUCGACCAUAAAUGUAGACUCUCCUGCGAGCAUAUUAUCAAAAGCACCCAUGCGAGUAUACACCGCAUCUAGCAUACCAAGGGUCGCUGACUCUGCUGGUACAUAGGAACCUAUCUGGCCCAUUAUAGAUAUCAGAGCUACUUGACGAACGUAGCUGGAUUUCCCUCCCAUAUUAGGCCCCGUGACGAGCAGAGCGCGAGUUCCAUCAGUGCCCAACUCGGUAUCAUUCGGGACAUAGGUGUCA